GUUCAUCAUGGCGUUUGGACACAGGCGCCGGAGUUUUUUACCCAUUUCUCUUUUCUCCUUACCCUGAUACCAGCCAAACGCCAUCUCCAGCGUUCGCAGACAAUCCUAACAUCAGAUAUAAUGGCCUGAACGCCAACGUUGCAACUUCGCGUCGAGAGAACGAGAAAUACCCUACACAACAAACAACGGGCUUCUCUUGAGAACUAGAGCUUGGGAAAGUAGCGAGAGGCGGCGAUUGGCGUGUUUGGUCGGCUGUUGAAGUCGGAAAGAAAUUGUUCUGGAAAGAGAGGAGGGGGUUAGAAAAGGAGGCGCAGUCUCCGAGAUGCUGUCGGUGUCAUGGCAAUAACCGAGGCAUGGGAGUAACGUGACCAGGGCAAGGAUUGUUGCUUCCCAACUAACCUACAAGCAGUAUGGCCCUCCUGCCAGACUGAAAACGUCAGGAGAGGCCAGACUGGACAGCUUGAGAGAGUGAUAGAAAGACAGUGAGUGACUAUUUAAAACGAAAGAAAGGAGGAAAGGAAAAAGAAAGGACACAACAAUGGACGAGUCUGCGCUGCUGGACCUGUUGGAGUGCCCCGUGUGCCUGGAACGUCUGGACGCCUCGGCCAAGGUGCUGCCGUGCCAGCACACCUUCUGCCGGCGCUGCCUGCUCGGCAUCAUGGGCUCGCGGGGCGAGCUGCGCUGCCCGGAGUGCCGCACGCUGGUGGAGAGCGGCGUGGACGAGCUGCCCAGCAACAUCCUGCUGGUGCGCCUGCUGGACGGCAUCAAGCAGAGGCCCCGGCGGCCGGGCCCGGGCACCGGCGGUGCCGGAGGAGGAGUGGGCACGGCGGGAGGCGGUGCUGCCAACGGCACCGCGGGGGCACUGGUCAGGGCGCAAGCGACGGCGGCUGCCCAGAGAGAGCCAGGGGCACCGGGAGCGCAACCCCAACGGGUGCAGGCCAAGAGCACCCUCGUCAGGGGCAUUCCCCAGCUCCCUUGUGCCAAGGCCCUCUACAACUACGACGGCAAGGAGCCCGGCGACCUCAAGUUCACCAAGGGUGACAUCAUCAUCCUGCGCCGGCAGGUGGACGAGAACUGGUACCACGGCGAGAUGGGCGGCGUGCACGGCUUCUUCCCCACCAACUUCGUGCAGGUCAUCAAGCCGCUGCCCCAGCCACCGCCCCAGUGCAAAGCGCUCUACGACUUUGAGCUGAAGGACAAGGAGGCGGACAAAGACUGCCUGCCCUUCUCAAAGGAUGAUGUUUUGACUGUGAUUCGCCGUGUGGAUGAGAACUGGGCCGAGGGCAUGCUGGGAGAUAAGAUUGGGAUCUUCCCCAUCUCUUACGUGGAGUUUAAUACAGCUGCUCGGCAGCUGAUUGAGUUGGACAAGCCCUCGGACGGGAGCGGGGAGUCUGCAGGCGAGGGCCCCUCCUCUUCGUCCUCCUCCACCAUCUUGCCUUUGUCAUCGUCGUCCUCGUCUUCGUCCUCGUCGUCUGCCGCCCCGGGCUUCCCUCAGGCCAACGGCGUGCAGAAGCCGGGCGGCGAGAAGAAGAACAGCAAGAAGCGCCACUCGUUCACGUCGCUGACCAUGUCGCACAAGCCGUGCCUGGCGCCGCCGCCCCAGCGCCACUCCAUGGAGAUCAGCGGGCCCGUGCUCAUCAGCUCCAGCAACCCCACGGCGGCCGCGCGCAUCGGGGAGCUCAGCGGCGGACUCUCCUCCAGCGCCCCCUCCCAGGUACACAUCUGCACCGCUGGCCUCAUCGUCACCCCACCCCCCAGCAGUCCGGUCACCACGGCCACCGUCUUCACGUUUCCCCCGGAGACCAGCUAUGCGUCCAUCCCAGUGGAUGCACUGCCACCGCCUCCACCUCCUCCCCCCCAGUCCUCAGCUGCUGGCGCCACGUCCUCAUUGGCUGCUGGACAGAGACCCUCCCCCAACGGCAACGACCAGAGCAGCAGACAGCGGCCUACUGUGUAUGUGGCGAUGUUCCCGUACUCCCCGCGUAAAGAGGACGAGCUGGAGCUGCGGAAGGGCGAGAUGUUCCUGGUGCUGGAGCGUUGCCAGGACGGCUGGUUCAAGGGCACCUCCAUGCACACGGGCAAGAUGGGCGUCUUCCCCGGCAACUACAUGAGCCCCGUCAGCAGGACUGUUUCAGGAGGCAGUCAACCCAAAGUGCCCCUGACUCUGUGCACUCAGGCAGGGAGAGGGAUCACCAUCGUCAGCCCCUCAACUGCCCCCUUGGGCGGUGCGCUGGGCGGUGUGGAGCACCCCAAGGUCCUCGCCACCUGCCCCGGGCCGGCCCCACCCAGCCCCCUCCCCCCCACUGCUGCCGUGGUAACCGCGGCCCACAUGUGCUCAGGGCAGGCCAAAGUCCUGAUGCACGUCACGUCCCAGAUGACCGUCAACCAGGCGCGCAACGCAGUGAGGACUGCCGCUUGCCACAGCCAGGACCGGCCCACGGCGGCGGUGACGCCCAUCCAGUCCCAGCAGGCCGUGGCCUUCCUGCCCCACCUGGCCGUGUGCCCGCAACCCCUGGGCGUGAUGGCGGCCUCGGCCUCCGCGGGCGCCUCCCCCUCCUGCGCCCGUGCCGGCGUGUCCCCGGGCUGCGCCGCCGCCUCCCUCACCCCCCCCAACGUCAGCGCCGCCUCCCUGGAGGUGGACGGCCUGCGGCCCCUGGCCGUGCUGGCGGUGCCCAUCGCCCCCGGCAGCGUCGUGCCCCUCGGUGCCGCCAUGACCUCGGCGUCCGCCGCCGGUGGGAACCAGGCCCUCCCCUGCCGCAUGGACAAAGAUGGAAAGAGAGAGAAGAAGGGUCUCCUUAAGCUGCUAUCCAAUAAGAAGAAGCUCCGCCCCUCUCCCCCAUCCUCCCCCACACUGGAAGCAGAGCAAGCCGUCGCCAUGGACACACCCCUGGGAGCCGCCGGACCUGACAUGGCAGCCUGCCCAGCUGGGGCCAAUGGCAGCCGCUGUGGGUUCGCCUCUGGCGAAUCUGAACCCUCACCGUCGGCCUCUGGCUCCUCGGAAUCCUCCCACCGCAAGAGCGCCCCUCAGGAAGUGCCCGUGCCCAUCGCCCCUCCCCCACGCCAACCCUGCUCAUCGCUUCACGCGCUACACGACUCUCGGCCAAUCGUCUGCGAGAGGUACAACGUUGCCGCCAACACUUUCUUUCACCACAAUCUGCUGGUCUUGCUUGCGUACCGGGUGGUGGUGUCUUACCCACCCCAGAGUGAGGCGGAGUUGGAGCUGAAGGAGGGAGACAUCGUGUUUGUCCACCGGAAGCGCGAAGACGGCUGGUUCAAGGGCACCCUCCAACGGAACGGCCGCACGGGCCUCUUCCCUGGCAGCUUCGUGGACAUCAUCUGAUACCUUGGCAAUACGAUCAUCAGCCCCAAAGUCCUCGCGUCCGGGUGGGGAAUUCACUCAAACUGAGAUGACUAGGCCUAUGCGAGGGAUUCGUCUGGAUAUAUAUGCUAAGCCUUCUGCUGUAGACUUCAUCCAGCCACCUUAAACCACCUCGCAGAGGAGGAAAAAACGCUUGGACUGGGCCACCGAUGAAUUGUGGCCUUUUGUCAGGAGGCUGUCAACAGGCCUUAAUAGCACAGUGGAAAAACGGCAAUGGAUUCUUAAGGACAGAGCAUAGACACGUACAGUAGCAAGCAGAGGAAAUUAGUAUUAGCACCGGCUAGCAUAAGCUGGUGAUGAGCACUAGAAUCAGUCACGUGGUAGGGCUAGACUUUCCUUUUUGCUUUAUUUAACGAUCAGUUAACAUUUCAAAGGUCUUUUUAAAUGUGUGCCUUGUACUGUCUCACUUUAUUGUAUAUAAGCAAACAAAGAUAAAUAUGAGUCACAGAGCAAACAAAAAUUAUGAACUGUUCAUGUCUGGAAAUAUGAAUUUAACUUAUUUUUUAUUAUGUGGUUUGGUUGGGGUAGUGCAGAAAGAUGGCUGACUGGUAUGGAUGCCUGAGUUAUUUAAAAGCUCGCUUUAAUGUGGAAGUACCAUUAACGUGGACCUGUGAUUGGCUGCCUGCAGCUCUUAGCUCACUGAUUGGAUAAUUACUCGUCCAAUCGGUCUCUCUUUGCACAAUAAGUGGCUGAAAGGUCAUAGCAAGUCUCUCAGUGUCAUCAAUGCCAAUCAAUGUUUGGAUGUUUUGAUUGCCUUUGUGUUUCAAUGUUUUGAAGGACGUCAUAGGUAGAGGGACUGCAUAAAAGAUACGACAUGAUUCAAAAUGGCUGACAAGACCAUCAAGAUGAGGAAAUAUUAGAAACAAUCGACUGCUGUAGAUGUCCUGUUUAAGUGAUUUGGAUGUGAGGGGUUCUUGUGCGUUUGUUUGUGGAAGAGACUGAGAAAUACACUCCAUAGGUCUUCAAAAUCACUAGUAUUCUGUCUGUGAUUCUUUCCUUUUGAAAAUCGUAGCUGCUCCCUUUUUUGAUCAACCUUAUCUGAAAUGGCUCUUCAGCUCAGACAACAGAGCAGAGUGACCGACACAAUCACACACCGUAAUCAGAGAGUGAGUCAGUCACCCGCUUUUCUAUGUAUAUUUAUAUGUCAUUACAAGUGUGUGUGAGAGCGCGUGUUUGAGAUGGGAUCGUCUGUGUGGCAGCCCUCAGAACAAAAUAGUAACAUCAUCACAUCAUCUUGCCAGUGAUGGCGACACGGUUGGCCUAACCUCAAACAUGUCCUGAACGGGCUGGAAGCACAAAAGUGCUCCAGCAGCCAGUGCUCUGGAAACCACCAGUGAGCGUCCCUCGGCCAGAGGCCCCACCACACGGUCCCACACAGACCAGCCGCAAGGCGCUCUGCCCGGCUCCGCGGCUUCCCACCAUCAUGUGUCCAUUACUGCACCAUUUCAGUAUCAAGUGUUUCUAUCAGCUCUCUCCUCCUCCUCCUCUUCCUCCCUAGGGUCAGUCUGGUGGAUGUUUGUAUGUCUGUCUGUCUGUCUGUCUGUCUGUGUGUGUGUGUGUGUAAUGAAGUGUCCCGUAGACUUGAAUAUGAUGUAUGUGUUUUGUUCUAUAAAUGGCUUUGGGUACUUUUGGUUUUUACUCCAGUUGCAUUGAUUUGUGUUGACGUGUUUGUUUUGUCUUUGUGAAGCACAAGUUGUAUGCGUUUGAUUUUAAUGGAAUUGAAAAGCCCCUGGGUCCCUACUGUUUUUAUCGUUUCAUUCCCUCUAAAAAAAAAAAAGAAAAGAUCGUCGUCUCAUCCACUGCCUCCACCUCUUCCUCUCUUCCCCCCUCAGCCACUGGAGCGUUUUGCAGUCAAUGACAUUUCAAUUUCUCCCUCCGCCAGCCGAAUUUCAAAUGGAGCAGUUGAUUGUGCAAUGUGCAAUCAGGGCACUUUUUCCAAAUGUUCCCAGCUCUCACCUUCAGUUAUCAAAUGCGGUAUUACAGACAAGGUGGAUUACUGCUGCCAUCAAACCUGGUCAUGCAGGACUGAUACCCUAAAAUGAGGAGCCCCUCCACCACCACCUCCACCUCCCUCCCCAGUCAUCAUGUCCCCUCUCUGGUGAGCCUGCUUAUCAGAGAGGACACUCACUGGGCCUCAAAUGCCACUUAACCUGCGGAAUCUACGCAUUCCAUCAGCACCUCUGAUGGACAGGCAAUUUGGGAAAUGCGCCUCUUCAUCGCCCGAAUUCGAGACUGCGCCGCCGUCACUCCUUGGGCCGCCGCUUGAACAUUUCUGAGGCGGCUCAUUUGACACCAGUGCCACAUAAUUCGCAACUGUAUUUAAGGUCCUUCAGAGGUGAUUCUUGAUGGUCGGUUCAAAUGCAGAGUGGGUAGAAUUCACAAGAGAUCUUCUUAUCACUGUUUAAAAUGGCUUAAGCCUUUUGUCCUUUAAAUAAUGCAUUCGUACAUCGGGCUAUCAUUAAGGGGGUCAGGUCAUAAAAAUGUCCUCAGAAAUUGUCAUUAGUCAUAUGCGUGAUUGUGAGGGAGAGACUGAAAGAUGGGUUGAGAGUGCAAAAAAAAACAGUCUGGUUCUGUGAUGAAGGGGCUUUUGUGUGAUUGGAUGCUGGUGGUGUAGUUGUCGUCGUCGUUGUCGAUGUUGCGGAUGUGGUGAGAGGGGUCUAGAGCUGUAGAGCGUGGUACGAUACACUGUUUAGACGGACUGUUAACUCAAGUGCUGCCGUUGAGUUGACCCUCCCUGUUCUGUCAUCUUGGCACUCAAUUCAGUUACCUGCAGUGUCUCAUUCAAAUACUUUGUCUCGUUUUCGAUCUUGCUUUCUUUUUUCAAUCUCUGCUUGUUAGGCUCUCCUUGGAGUUACACAGGUUUACAUGCGCCUUUUUCUUGACUGUUCAUCAGUUUACACACUCAUCUGUACAUACAGUAUAUUUUAGUCAAAUUAAAUAAUAUGCCUUACACUGACAGCAGGUACGAAAACACAUAAACACACCUUAAUACACACACACAAAGGGCAAAUCUACAAGGAGAUCGACAACUUCAGUAUCACUGGUGACUGAUUCUGAUUGCUUUAGCUGGAAGUUUUUUUUUCCUUCAUUUUUUUUUUCCAUGUGAAUUUCAGUUCAUUUACUGUAAAUGCCAAGCCUUGUUGGCACACAAGGUAGCACUAAGUUGGCUUUAUCUGACCAGUUCUCUGUUUGCCAAGAUGACAUACUUGAUAUUUUUUAUUUUCUCAAUAAUGACUUAAUCGUCUAAAAAUAGGUGGUCUGUUGUUUGUUUGUUAAUGGUGAUUACUGGCAUCCACUUGACCGUUUUUUUUUUCUCUGUGUAAACGUAUUCUGUAACAUUGGAAGGAAAAGCACAUUUUGUAAUGAUUUCAACCUUAACAAAAAUAAAAAGCCAAUGGUUUUA